AUGCGCGGAGGGGUGGACUCGGAGGGGCGGCAGUAUGCGUCGGCAGACGAAAUGUGGCGGCAGGAGGCGGGGGAGCGCGCAGUGAGCGCGGGGGAAGGGAAAAGCGAGGAGGGCGCAAUGGAGGCGGAAAUGGGUGGGAAGAAGCGCGAAUGGUACGACAAGGGCGUCAAGUACUGGGAGGGCGUGGAGGCGAGUGUGGACGGCGUGUUGGGGGGAUACGGCGCAGUGAGCUCAACAGACGCGGCGGGCAGCGCGGCCUUCCUGCACGAGGUCUACGGCGCACAGCUCGACGCUGCCCGCUCACAGGGCCGCCCGCUUGUUGCUCUGGACUGUGGGGCGGGCAUAGGGCGAGUGACCAAGGAGUUUCUACUGCACGUAUUCAACGAGGUGGAUCUAGUGGAGCCGGUACGGCACUUCAUAGAUGCCGCCCGAGACCACCUCGCCUCGCCGCCCUCCUCUGCCGCCUCGCCUGCCGCCUCUCACCGCGCCGUCAACUUCUUCUGCUGCCCACUCCAGGAGUUCAGUCCAGAUGCAGAGCGGUACGAUGUGGUGUGGGUGCAGUGGUGCAUCGGCCACCUCACUGACGCUGACCUCAUCGCCUUCCUCCAUCGCUGCCUCGCAGGGCUGCGGCCGGGCGGCAUUAUAGUGCUCAAGGAGAACACAUGCCAGAAAGGGUUCGUAUUGGACAAGGCGGACAGCAGUGUGACGCGCAGCGAUGCAUACUUCAGAGACCUCUUCAAGCAGGCCAACCUGCAGCUCCUCAAAUCCAAGGUGCAGCGCGGGUUCCCCUCGGAGCUGUUUGUGGUGAAGAUGUACGCGCUGGCAGCACACCCCACCGCACACGGGGGAGUGGCGGGGCGCACACGGCAGCGCAGCAAGAGACCCAAUCAGCCGGCUGUCAUCUACUGA